AUGUCUGGCCGCGGCAAGGGCGGGAAGGGUCUCGGCAAAGGCGGCGCCAAGCGCCACCGCAAGGUCCUGCGCGACAACAUCCAGGGCAUCACCAAGCCCGCCAUCCGGCGCCUGGCCCGCCGCGGCGGAGUCAAGCGCAUCUCCGGCCUCAUCUACGAGGAGACCCGCGGGGUGCUCAAGGUGUUCCUGGAGAACGUGAUCCGGGACGCCGUCACCUACACGGAGCACGCCAAACGCAAGACCGUCACGGCCAUGGACGUGGUCUACGCGCUCAAGCGCCAGGGCCGCACUCUUUACGGCUUCGGAGGCUGGCUGAGUACCUUUGUGUCCGCAGUGUCUGAAGCACUUCAAUACGGUCCUUUAAAACUUGCCUACGUGCGCUCAAACUUGACAUGUACUGGCAAGCUACAACGCGAGGGUCGCUAUAAGUACUGGUACGACUCGCUGGUGUCCCCAUUCGUGUUGAGUAGUCGGGCCUAUUUAGUCAUGGCCAGAACUAAGCAAACUGCUCGGAAGUCCACGGGUGGCAAGGCGCCACGCAAGCAGCUGGCUACCAAAGCGGCUCGCAAGAGCGCCCCGGCCACCGGCGGCGUGAAGAAGCCCCACCGCUACCGGCCCGGUACCGUGGCCCUGCGCGAGAUCCGCCGCUACCAGAAGUCCACCGAGCUGCUGAUCCGCAAACUGCCGUUUCAGCGUCUGGUGCGCGAGAUCGCGCAGGACUUCAAGACCGACCUGCGCUUCCAGAGCUCCGCCGUGAUGGCGCUGCAGGAAGCUUGCGAGGCCUACCUGGUGGGGCUCUUCGAGGACACCAACCUGCUUCUGGUCUGCAGCAUGUCUGGCCGCGGCAAGGGCGGGAAGGGUCUCGGCAAAGGCGGCGCCAAGCGCCACCGCAAGGUCCUGCGCGACAACAUCCAGGGCAUCACCAAGCCCGCCAUCCGGCGCCUGGCCCGCCGCGGCGGAGUCAAGCGCAUCUCCGGCCUCAUCUACGAGGAGACCCGCGGGGUGCUCAAGGUGUUCCUGGAGAACGUGAUCCGGGACGCCGUCACCUACACGGAGCACGCCAAACGCAAGACCGUCACGGCCAUGGACGUGGUCUACGCGCUCAAGCGCCAGGGCCGCACCCUCUACGGCUUCGGGGGCUGAGUGUUUGCUGUUGCUUCUCUUUCCCACAAAAGGCCCUUUUCAGGGCCCCC